AUGGGAACAAUCUUCUCACAUUGCUUCGCAGAUGGAUGCGUGAAGGUCAUUUAUCACGCAAGCCGUUGCCUGACACAACCACAGAAGAACUACAGCCAAAUUGAAAAGGAAGCACUCGCUCUUAUUUUCGCCGUGCAGAAGUUCCGUCGUUUUAUCCAUGUACGACAUUGCACGCUGAGGACUGACCACAAACCACUUUUGGCAAUCUUCAGAAGCAAGGAAAGAGUUUCGGUCUACAGUGCCAACCGUCUUCAGCGAAGGGCCACGAUGCUGCUCAACUACAGCUUCACUAUCGAGUACAUCAACACAAAGGAUUUCGGCCAAGAGGACGCUCUUUCACGCCUCGCCUCGUAA